AUGCGGUUCCACGAUUUCCAGCCGCCACUGUGUGCCGAGAUCCUGGCGGAGACCGAUGCACUCGGCUUUGAGCACAUGACGCCUGUACAGGCGGCUACACUUCCUCUUUUUCUCUCCAACAAAGACGUGUGUGUCGAUGCGUGUACAGGCAGCGGCAAGACCUUGGCCUUCGUACUGCCUAUUGUACAGCUGCUCAAGACCAAGCUAGCGAACGGAAGCAUUACGGUGCCGCGUCACGCCAACCUCACCAAACUUGUGGCUAUGGUGGUCUCACCUACGCGAGAGCUGGCACGUCAGAUCUUUGAGUGCGCCGAGAAGUUUUUUGCAAGUGCAUUACCCACUGUACAGUUGCUGCUGUUCAUGGGUGGCACGAGUGUGGACGAGGACUUUUCACUGAUUCAAGGAGCUGUGGGCAAAUGCUCGGUGGUCGUUGGCACACCAGGCAGAACGGAGGACUUGCUGAACCGCUGCGUGGGCUCCAGUGUCGAGACGCGCGAUUUCGAAAUGCUCAUUUUGGACGAAGCCGACACUCUACUGGAUAUGGGCUUUGAAGUGAGUCUGAACAAGAUUCUGGAACAUCUGCCUAAGCAAAGACGUACCGGGUUGUUUUCGGCCACACAAACCCAAGAGGUAAAGGCGCUCGCACGUGCUGGAUUGCGAAACCCGGCGACAAUCUCCGUGCAAGUGGCGAACAACACGCAGGUGACACCGGCAACACUGCAGAAUUACUUCUGCCUGGUGGGCCAUGAUCAGAGAUUGUCAGCGCUGCACCACUUUGUGCAGAUCAAGAAGGGCGAAAAGCUCAUUGUCUUCUUCUCAACGUGUGCAUCUGUAGACUACUUCGGCCGUGUGCUGGAAGAGCUUUUCAAGGGCAAAAAAGACUUCCUGGUUGUGGCAUUGCACGGCAAGAUGCCGCAGAAGAAGAGGACAGCAAAUUAUGACCACUUCUCCACGCUGGAUUCUGGACUUUUAGUGUGCACGGAUGUCGUUGCGCGUGGAAUUGAUUUGCCUGACGUAGACUGGAUCGUGCAAUAUGACCCACCGCAGGACCCGAACUUUUUCGUGCAUCGUGUGGGGCGUACAGCCCGUGCUGGACGCUCUGGUUGCGCUCUCUCCUUCCUGUCUUCGAACGAAGAUGCGUACGUGAAUUUUUUGAAAAUUCGCAAGGUACCGUGUGAAGAGAUGGAGCUUCCACUAGAUACGAUGGAGAAUGUUCUGCCCAGGGUAAAGUCGCUCAUUCUGGAAGACCGUGAUUUGCUUGAAAAGGGCACGAAGGGUUUUAUGGCUUUUGUGCGGUCGUACAAGGAGCACCAGUGCCAGUUCAUCUUCCGUUUCAAGGAGCUUGAUUUGGGCGCUGUGGCUCGUGGAUUUUGUCUGCUUCAACUACCCAAAAUUAACGAGCUCCGUAAUGCGCGCAUCAAUUUUAAGAAGAUUGACAUCAAGACUGCUGACAUUAAAUUUAAGGACAAGGCCCGUGAAAAAGAACGCCAGAAGAAGCUAGUAGUCAUUGCAAAGGAGAAUGAAGCACGCGAUAAGAAAGAUGCGGAGAUGCGCGAGAAGAAGCGCAAACGGCCGCUAGAGGAAGAGAACCAAAAGCAUCCUCGUCGUCGUGAGAAGAAAAAGGGUCUGCAUCAGCAGAUCGUCGAGGAAUGGGACGAGUUAGCAGAGGAAGAGAAGACGUACAAGAAGUUGAAAAAAGGCAAGAUUACGGAGGAGGAGUACGAGAAGGCGCUGCUGGGCAAAGCGGAUGAUUCUGACGAUGCUAGCGUCGACGAUGGUGAUGAUAAAGAUCGCAGGAAGGAAAAGCCAAAGUGGCAGCGGGCAGAAGAGAAACUAAAGGAGCGAUUCAAAAAGAAGGAACAGGCUGUGGUGAAGACAGGAGUUCAGAAACGUGAAGCUGCCUUGCGUGAGGAACGUAUUCGCAAGCGAAAAAAAACGCAGCACGUUCAACGCGCUCAGCAAAGAGCUCAACGUCGUGCCCGGCGCUAG